AUUGGACAUCAAACGUUAACCUCGACCAUUCAUACCGUGCUCAUCGUCCAGCGCGACGUGUACAUACUUCGGAAUCACAUCUCGACUUGUUUUACCAGGUCCGCGCUCGCAAGCUGGAGGCACCUCCAGUUCUAUUAUGGACCGUGACGAAAACGAACCGGUCCUCGACCUCUCAGAUGUCGUACAUGAUGAACCUUUGGGCUCAGACGAGGAAGAUCUCCAUAGUGGAGAUGAGCUCGACGUGAUAGGCACCCAACACGCCCCUUCCGCGUUCUCUAAUCCAUCACACCAUCCGCAUUCCCCUCAUGACGACGUGCCCCUUUCCCUAGACCCCUCGGUACCUCCAGAGCACUUCUCCGUGGAAAUGCUGGAGCGCGAAAUCGCUACUCUUCUUCACCAGAAUGCGACAGCUGCAUCAGCUGCACUCCUGAGUGCUGCCGCGCAGCAGCGCCAGGCGCAAACCGAGCAAGACCACGAUCUCUCCGGUCCGGAAUCUACUCCAUAUGGCACACCGAAGGCCAGUGAGACUGCAACUGUUGGUGAUGCUAUUUCAGGUCUUGGUCUUAAUCUUCGCAGCAUCACUGCCAUGUUGCAAGCAGCCCACGCACAGGCUUCUUCCAAUGGGCGCCUUGCUGAGUCCUCAGAGUGCCACGAUGCGGAGCUUGAGCAUAAUCCGCGUACGACGCGCACUGCCCCUGCGUUUCAUUCUCUGACGGCUGGCGAUGCUGAUGAUUACGUUGCGGAUGAUGCUCGAGACCGUGGCGCUCAGGACUUGGACCUCCUUUACACCGCAGAGGAAAUACGGAAUGACGAACAUACUGACGACCGAAACGGGAGUGAUGCUAGAUGUUCACCACAACACAAACCUCGGACGGAUGAAUCAGAUCCCCACCAAAGCGUGCCUGGAGAGUUCAAUGAUAUCAGUGACAUAUUGAAUCACCUUUCAGCACACUUCGACACCGAACCAGAAACAGAUCCGACUCACGGGCAUCUCCAAGCACCAUCGACUGAAAGCACCUCCCCCAUAUCUCGUUCCCUUACCACCCCUGCCCAAUCACCCGUUCGUUCUAGCCAACCUCUAUCCAGUCCAUCGCGCCCCACCCCACAGCCCAUUGCCUCUACAUCAACGACAUCAAGAAGGUCUCCCGAAAGCAAGAAGUCGAAGAAGGGGAAGGAUAAAGAUAAAGAUAAGGAGCAAAAUGCUGAAAAGGAGAAGACAGUAAACGUACACGCAUGUGAAGAGCCUCUGUGUCGCAAGACAUUCACCCGGAGGAGCGAUCUCGCAAGACACAUGCGGAUCCACACCGGCGAGCGCCCGUUUGUUUGUAAUCACGGCGGAUGCGGAAAGACGUUCAUUCAGCGAUCUGCAUUACACGUUCAUCAACGGGUACACACGGGCGAGAAACCACAUUCUUGCGAAUAUCCAGGGUGUGGAAAGACCUUUGGAGACUCUAGUAGUCUCGCACGGCACCGCCGGACGCACACAGGAAAACGACCAUACAAAUGUGAAGAUCCCGAGUGCGAGAAAACGUUUACACGCCGCACGACGCUCACCCAGCAUAUGCGAACUCACGAUCCAACAUGGGAACCAGAUCCUAAUAUAAAAUACAAUUUCAAAGCUAAAAAGCAAAAGGUUUCGGACACAGCGGAUGAUCUUGAGCUGGAAGAAUCAGUGCGCACUAUUUCUGCACUAUUCUCGCAGACGGGGGGCGUUACAACCCGGUCCCUGGAGACUGGUUCCCCGGGGGACCCACUUGAAGCUAGAGUGGCGAGUAUCAGUGCAGAGAUCGCUGCUGCCAUUGCACAGGCUUCUUCUCGAGCGUUGGACGAGGACGAAGAUGAGAUGGAAGAAGAAGAAGGAGUUGAUGAUGAUGAUGGAUGGUGUUCUGGGCAUGAGAUCGGGAGACCUGAGAGCAUAGUGCCCAAUACGAGCGGGAUCAGGGGCGGUGGUGAUGGUGACAGUGGUGGUGGGAAGGGUAUAGGUGUGGAAGACAACGAUGAGGACAGCGACACUUUUCCUAUCCCACUACGGACACGCAAGGGUAAGGAACCGGUUUCUCUAGUAGGAAUCAAGAGAAAACGAUGACCAUCCUGUCGUCCGUGUGUUGUAUUCUGACUUUACCUAUCUGCUGUAUAAUCACAGGGAAUUCAUUCACGUUCGGAGAGUGAGGUUUCCGAGCCGUACCGG